AUGGUUGUUUAUAAUUUAUAUAUUUUCAAUCGAAAUGGACAAUGUCUAUUCUAUCGUGAAUGGUUACGAAGAAGACAAAUAAAAAUGACACAAGAAGAAGAAUUUAAAUUAAUGAAUGGUUUUAUAUAUUCAGUGAAAUCUUUUGUACAACGGCUAACACCUACAGAUUUAAAAGAUGGUUUUGUAAGUUUUAAAACAAAUUGUUAUAAACUUCAUUAUUAUGAAACGCCAACAGGAUUAAAAUUUAUAUUAAAUACAGAUAAUAAUGUUGACAAUAUUCGUCAUAUUUUACAUCAAUUAUAUAGUACAAUAUUUGUCAAUUAUAUUGUAAAAAAUCCUCGUUAUUCGGCAUUAGAUAUAAUAAAUAAUGAUCAAGAAAUAUUUAUUGAAAAAUUAGAUGAAUUUAUAAGUAAUUUAUCGAUUUUUUCACAAACAAAUAAAAUAUGA